AUGGGUGUAAUACGCAAGAAGACCGCCUCGCGCGGUACAGAAGCCGGGACCAAAUAUCAUUGCGACAUUUGCUCGGUGGAUGUGACUUCAACGGUCCGUAUCUCCUGCGCCCACCCCGCCUGUCAUGAAUAUGACCUCUGCGUCCCUUGCUUUGCCGCCGGCGAAAAGUCGAAGAACCACGACCCCUCCACCCAUCCCUACCAAGUGAUUGAGCAGAACUCUGUCCCUAUCUUCCAGGAGGACUGGGGCGCUGAUGAAGAACUCCUUCUCCUUGAAGGUGCCGAGAUCUACGGUCUGGGCUCCUGGGCCGACAUCGCAGACCACAUCGGCGGCUACCGAACUAAGGAUGAAGUUCGCGAUCACUACAUCAGCACUUAUAUCGAGAGCCCCAACUUCCCCUUGCCGGCGAGCGCCGACCCCGAGGAUACGCGCCUGUCCGAUUCCAUUUCGAAGGAAGAAUUUCAGUCCCGCAAGAAACGGCGCAUCGAGGAGCGCAAGGAGGCAGCCAAGGCGGCGCCGCCGACCACGCCCAAACAGAAGCCGACCGCUAGUGUACCAGCCUGCCACGAAGUGCAGGGUUACAUGCCUGGUCGGUUGGAGUUUGAAACCGAGUUCAUGAACGAUGCAGAGGAAGCCGUGCAGCAUAUGACGUUCGAACCGGGUGCGGGUGAAACGGCAAACGGCGAGACCGACGCGGAGAUGGAACUGAAGAUGACGGUAGUGGACAUCUACAACUCUCGUCUCACUGCCCGAAUGGAGCGCAAGAAGAUCCUCUUUGAGCACAACCUUCUGGAAUACCGAAAGAAUACGGCACAAGAGAAGAAGCGCACGAAAGAAGAGCGAGAUUUACUCAACAAGGCCAAACCAUUUGCACGGAUGAUGAAUCACGACGACUUUGAGGAGUUCAACAAGGGCCUCGAAUAUGAGCACAACCUACGCCUAGCCAUUUCACAAUUGCAGGAGUGGCGGCAGAUGGGAAUCGGAGAUCUAAAAGGGGGCGAGAAGUACGAGCAAGAAAAGCAACAACGGGCUCAGCGUCUCAUACCCCAAGGGUCCUUCGACCGGUUCGCCAGUACCCGCCCGAAGCAGUCGCAACAGCCAGAGGGGCCAUCUGCAGCCAGUCAGCUGACGACACCUGAGCUGCCUUUGCGGUUACAAAAGGCCUCGGGUGCUAACAAAGCGCCUGAGCCGUCCAAUGUGCCGCUGAACGACUUUGACCGCGCCUUCGCCGCCAACGGAGAGUCGACACCACAGCCGGCGAAGACCAAAUUCGUGAUCCAGCCGCUGAACGGGGUGAUCCCUUGGAAACUAGAGAACGAUGGCGCGCCCGAUUUGCAUCUCUUGACGAAGGAGGAGGUUGAGCUGUGCAACGUGCUCCACAUCCAGCCGAAACCGUACCUAGUGAUCAAGGAGACCUUGCUCAAGGAGGCCAUGAAGCAGGGCGGUAGUUUGAAGAAGAAAGAUGCGCGGUCGAUCUGCAAGAUUGAUACCACCAAGACGGGCCGCAUUUACGAUUUCAUGGUGCACAGCGGCUGGAUCAACAAGGCAUAG